AAAAAAAAAAAAAAGAGAGAGAUCAUCUAUGGCAGUCGACUCACAAAAACAAACUGUUCAGCCACGCGAUGCAAGGAUCGUUUCACUCAUUCUUCAAUCACUAGGAGUUGAGGAUUAUGAUCCAAAAGUAGUUCAUCAAUUAUUAGAAUUUGCACAUAGAUAUACAACUGAUGUAUUUCAAGAUUCACUUAUUUAUGCAGAGCAUGCAAAUAAAAAUGAUAUAGAUCUAGAAGAUGUUCAAUUAGCUAUACAAGGACGCGUUAAUCAUUCAUUUACAACACCUCCGCCAAAAGAGUUUUUAUUAGAGCUAGCAGAAGAAAAGAAUAAACAGCCUUUACCACUUAUUCCAGAGAAAUAUGGUAUACGAUUACCAGCAGAUAAACAUUGUUUAACAGGAAUUAAUUUUUCAAUUGUACCUGAUGUAUGUUUAAUUUUAAUAUAUAUAAUGUAUUGAACAUUUAAUAAUGAUCAUUAUUUUAUUUUAAAGGCACCACCACCACCAAAACCAAAUGUAGAAAGAUCUUCACCAAUGAUGAUUGAUAAACAACAACCAGAAGAAGAAACAGAUAAUAAACGAGGAAGAGAAUUAAUAGAAGACGAUGAUUAUGAUUUUUAAUUAUUUAAAAAAAAAAAAAAAAAAAUUAUUUCUU